AGCUCCACGUCCGUCUUAGUUCAGACUUUGGUGCGCAGAAUUACAAGGUGAUUGAGACAAAUUGCGUGAGAUUAGGUUGAAGAAACCUGAGUAUACAGUGUAAAGGCAAUGACGAAAAUUAAAACCACAAAGCAAAUGGUCAACGAAGCGGCAGCAGCAAAUAUUGUUGAGACAUCGCUGCAAAUGGUUUAACUCAAAAGAUAUAAUCAGAUAAAGUUCAGAGCUCACGGCACAAACAUCGCAAUUAAAUCAAACAAAAGAGUUCUAUAAAAAUGAAAUUUUAAUUUUCAUCAUCACAAAUAUUUAAAUAAAUCAAUAAUCUAAUUUUAUAUUAAAAUGGCACCAGCCAACGGAGUUCUGUUAACCAAGUGUGUGCCUCUUGGAUCCACAUUAAAUUUAAACAUAUUGCCCAAGCUGCGUCCGGCUCCCAUAACAGCUGUGCUGUUAAAGGGCAGCUCGUCGCCAUCCAGUUCGGGCUACGCUUCCUCAUCCAACAACAGUGUGGCGGAUGAGGACACAAUGGCAUCGAAUCCCACUGCGCCCGUCAAGGCGAAGAAGCGUCGUCUGGACCAUUUGUCGUGGGAGGAAAAGGUGCAAAGAAAGAAACUAAAGAACCGCGUGGCGGCACAAACAAGUCGCGACCGGAAGAAAGCACGUAUGGAAGAAAUGGAGUAUGAGAUCAAGGAAUUAAAUGAGAAAACUGAAAUAUUGCAAAACAAAUGCGAAAGCUUGCAGAGCAUCAAUGAGUCGCUGAUGGCAAAGAACCACAAGCUCGACACAGAAGUUGAACUCCUGCGACAGGAGCUGGCCGAAAUGAAGGAGAUUGCUAAGAACAACAACACAACAAAAAGCCAUGGCAACAGCGAAUGCGACACAAAUGCAGGCGCUGAGGGCUGUGCGUCCACAAACACUGGAUCUGCAGCAUCCAAUGCUGACUCUGCAGCAGGGUACACAAGUGGACACACAGUCGUCAGCGCGUGUUUUGGUGCCGACAAUGUUGCGCCAGGAGCUGAAGCAGAGCAACAACUCAACGGCCUCGCUUUGGAGAAUUGUGGCGCUCUGUCUUCUAUACAAGACAUGCUACUCGUCGACGAUGAAGAGUUCGAUGCGCGACGACUUGAAGAGCUGGCAGAGAGCCUGCUCGCAGAUAUCACAGCAGAGCUGGAAACAAGCGGUGGCCAAUGCGACCCGCCUGCUCCCAAAGAGGCAAGCGAACCUGAGCGACUGCCUGGAUCAGUGGUGGGGACCACAGCAGAGUGCAUGGAAUCCGGCGGAGAUAGAGUUAAUGGCCUAAAUAGCGAAGAGAAAGCGACGACGACCAUUGAAAAUAGCAGCCCAAGUGUGCAACAGAUGUCACACAUAAAUGGAAACCUACAAAAGAAGACGACAACAAAAGCAACAACGCCAACUACAAUUUCAGCAGCUACAUUUUUGCAGAGCGCAACACCCGACACGGUUUAUGGUACCUAUGAUGCCAAAACUAAUUCUAUAACGAUAGUCAUGGAUGGCGAUGCGGUGCCAGUGAACGAGGCCGUCGAGGUCAUCUAUGGUGAGGGUGUGAGCGCUGGUGAUGACACCACUGAUGUUAUUAUGAAGUGCCCACAACCAGCGACCUCACCCUCACAAGUUUAUCUCAACGUGAUCAAUGCCACGGAAGAUUCGGAUGAUGAAACCAUGAGUCAUUUGAAUUUCGAGCCCAUCAAUCGAUUCCUCUGCCCGCGUGUCAAAGCCAUUUCACCAUUGGCGAAGUCACCAGCGCAAUCGAUGCAUUCGGCCACCUCGGAUCAUGGGUAUGAGUCAGUACUGGGCUCACCCACAUCAACGACGCUGGCCAAUUUGGACACAGAUGACGAUUUUCCCUGGGAGAGUAAUUUCGAUGAACUAUUUCCCAGUUUGAUUUAAGUUUGCUUCGUAAACGUUCAUUUGAUGUUUUUCACAUUGAAAAAUGUGUUGGAUCCAACAAAACAAUAUCUCUCUUAAUUUGUUAACUUAUGUUUAAUAUUGGCCGGCCGCCCUCAUUUAUGUAAAUUGUUUAAGCUCGUAGUAUUUAAGCUGAUUAAGAUGUAGCUGUUGAAAAUGGGAAAAAUCCCAUUCAAAUUGUAUAGAAUUUUGUCAUCGAAGGCUUUAUAUGAUAUUGGACUUUGACAACAAAGUCCCCAGUUAAGUUUGUAAGUUUCUAUUUAUAUGUAACACCCGUCAUUCACAUAGGCUAAUAAUAAGAAUACAAAAAAACAAAAAAAAACUUUUGUAAUUUUAAUAUUUUCAAUGUGCUCAAAGAAUUAUCCCAAAUCAUGUAUACAACUAUGUGUAUAUUCAAAAUAUAUGAACACCACAAGCGGAA